CAACAACAAUUAAAACAACAACAACAAGAACGAUUAGUAGACCUUCAACUGCACCAGCUAAACCUGCAACUCCCAGAAAACAAGAUACAUCAUCAGACAGUGGGAUAGAUGAUGGGGGAUCUGGCAAGAAGGCUACCAGUCCAAGAAAGGCCACCACCCCAAGGUCCAAAAUAGGCUCAUUGGACAAUGCCAAGCAUACCCCAGGAGGUGGCAAUGUGAAGAUUGAAAGCAAGAAGGUAGAUGUCAGCAAAGUGCAAAGUAAAUGUGGCUCUAAAGACAAUGCGACACACAAGCCUGGUGGUGGAGAUAAAAAGAUAGAAUCAAAGAGACUCAGCUGGGAUGCUCAAUCUAAGAUAGGAUCAAGAGACAACAUGACACAUUCCCCUGGAGGUGGGGGAUUUAAGAUUCAGAGUCAGAAACUGGACUUUGGAUCCAAAGCCCAGUCUAAAGUUGGCUCUGUUACAAACCACAAAGCUGGUGGAGGGGAUAAGAAGAUUGAGAGCCAGAAACUGAAUUGGAAAGUAGAAUCAAAAGUAGGAUCAAAAACAACUCAUAAACCUGGUGGGGGAGACAAGAAGAUUGAAACCCAAAAGCUUAACUGGAAAGCAGAGUCAAAGAUUGGUUCAAAGACUGACCACAAAGCAGGUGGAGGAGACAAGAAGAUUGAAUCCCAGAAACUUAACUGGAAAGCUGAAUCCAAAGUUGGAUCUAAAACAAAUCAUAAAGCAGGGGGUGGAGAUAAAAAGAUUGAGAGUCGAAAACUCGAUUGGAAAGUUGAGUCGCGAGUCGGCAGCUUAGAUAAUGCCAAACAUAAAGCAGGAGGUGGAGAAAAAAAGAUUGAAACACAAAAAUUGGAUUUUAAAGACAAGGCACAGUCAAAGGUGGGCUCUAAAACUGACCACACGCCUGGAGGGGGUGAUAAAAAGAUUGAAUCACAGAAGCUAAACUGGAAGGCAGAGUCCAAAGUUGGUUCCUUAGACAAUGCCUCACAUACACCCAAGGGUGGUGAUAAAAAGAUUGAGUCCAAAAGGCUGUCAUUCAAUGAGAAUGCCACAUCAAAAACAGACCAUGGGGACAAAUAGGCCAAGGAAUUUCGGCACUCAGUAAAAGUGUGUUGUGACUUACCUCCCCAUAACUAGGACAAUAUGGAGAAAUAUUGGUAGAAUCGUGGAUUAAGGAGUUGAACUGGUAGAAUAAUUCAGAACUGUACAUAUUAAUAUUUCUAUAGUGACUUCUGAAACUCAGAAAAGCUUUUGAAAACCAAAGCUCAUGAAGAACAUACUGCAUGCGCACAAAUAUACUAGCCUGGAACUGAGUGCGAUUUCUGAAGACUAUAUCAAUCUUGGAUUUUUGGGAUUAGAAGAUCUGAUUGGCUUAGAGCUACGCAGAAAAUUUCAGACCGAUAUCUUGCUUAUCAGUGGCUUUCCUCAGGAUUUUACCAGAGAGUGUUGAAAUUGAUCUUGAAUGAUAAAACUAUUGGUGAAAAAGGGAUCAGUCAUGUUGUGGGAAUUUUACUGAUUUAUAACAUUUAACAAAUUCAGGGCAUGGUUUUGAGGAGUUCACUUGAUUCUGACAAAUAGUUUACACCAUAUAUUUUAGUGUGUGCAUAAAGAGUACAGAACUUUUGUUCUUAAGGUAGCUAGCUAAUUAAAAUUCAGAGUAAAUAUUAAUUCAUGAGGUCUGCGUUAGUGACUUUUAUAUGGUGCUAUUUCUAACAAUACUACUCUAAUAAUGAAAGGUGUCCUGGGUAAAAAAAGGUGUCCUCAAAAAUGGGUAAUUACAUGUCUAAAUAUAUUUUUCAUGUUUUUGUGGAAGACCUCCUUUGAACAUGAAAUAACUCCAAUUCAUUUAUUGUCUGCAGUAAAUGAUCUGGAGUUCUUAAAUGUUUUACACUUAUCAUAGAGAUGAAUCUACACGGCCACAGAGUUGUUACACAAUUCCAGACAUCGUACCUCCUAGCCUGAGAUCAUUUAUAUACCUGAUUUAUCAAAGAGGCAUCUAAUGGGGCAAAAAUAUAUAUGAUGGAGUUGAAAAAAAUUAUUGAGAGCCCCAUGUAGAGCAACUGUAAAUUAUGUUCAAGUCAAGGAAAUAUUAUUGCACCAUUUUACAUGGUAUGGUUGUAUACAUUAUAAAUAAAUCCCAUAUUUUUUCUUUUUUUUGGGAAGAUGACAUGACUUAUACAUACAUGUAUGUUAGAUUUAUUAUUGAUUACAAUGUUUUACCUCUUCGUGUUUUUAAAGACAUUGUUUUGUAUACAAAGCAUGAUUUUUUCUAUGUAUACGAUGUUUUCCUUCAGGAUUGACUAUCUGUCUUGUCAUAAUGUCUUUGUUAUGAGUAAUUUGCACUUAUAUGUUCACUUGCAUUUUUUUCAUAGAUUUCUCUAUAGUGGAUCGGAUAGAAUUGAAACAGGAUACUGUUACCCUAAUAAAAACACAUGUCUCAUUAAUACAACUAUAACACUAAAUGGGUACAUGUACCUAGAUUCUACUGUUUUUAGUAGUAAUGUAAAUGUGAACAAUGCUUGUAUAUGCAUUUGAUUGCUACCUUAUGUAAUAUAUACAAUUUGAUUUUGAUUUUCCCAGCAAUACAAAAAUACAUGAAUCAAAACUAUGAAUUGUGAUACAAUACUGCCUUACUCCGAUUGUGAAAUGCAAUAUUCUCAGAUUUUAUUAAAGGCAAUUUUCAUAAAACACAUCAAUGUGCAUUGUAUUAUGUAUUCACCAUGUUCAUGUAUUUUAAGAGGAUAAACUACAAAUAUUUGAAAAUUUUGAAAAGCAAGUGAUUUGAAACCACCAUCAAAUGGCUUGCAUUACAAAUUCUGACCCCCUCCCUCUUCCUUUUACUAACUUUUGGCAUCUAUGGGUUAAGGGAAGGGUGGAUUACAAAUGGACUUGGUGGCGCAAGAUAAUUGUGUAUUGUUGUAUCAAUGUUCAUAUUUAAUACUGUGGUUAUUAGCUGUAUAUGUACAUACAACUUAAUGUUAGUGCAUUUUAUUUUAAUAAUACUUGUAUUUGUCCUAUAUGUGACUUCAUAGAAAUAUUGUAAUUCAUUUUUAAAAGUUGUACAUCGAAGGAUUGAACAUUUUUGAUAAUACAAAAAUGGCACGUGAGCCAAUGAAUUUUGGCUUUCGUGAUUUCUUACCUACAUGUUGUCAUGGAAAUAGAUAAAGUUCAAAUACAUAUACAAGUGGCAAAAUCUCAUUUUAAAGUGCACAAUAAUGAAUCAAAAAACAAAUGUUACAAUAUAAUUUUAAGUUCAAUACACAUUUAUUGGAUAGUUUUAGAGUAUUUACAACACUAUAUUGUACGGAUGUCAGAUAGUAUUAAAUAGCUUCACUCAUGUGGGGAAUGACUGUAUAUGUUUUACUAAUAGAUUGUACAUUUUAUAUAGUAAUAUCUAUCUACACAAAUAAAUAUCAUGAAAUAAUA